CCAGGGGCGUCACGUGACAGCUCUAGCUAGGACUGCUUAGAGCGGACGACGUCACCUCCGUAGCCCUUUCCUCCUCCGCACGCCCCGCCCCCUGCCGGUCAGGACGCGCUGUGUCUGGAGAUUCAGUAAGAUGGCGGAAUUAAUCACAACCCUGGCAGAUCAUAUAGAUGACGUAAACAGCUGCUCCUUCUCCAACUCUCUCCUUGCUACAUGUUCCUUGGAUAAAACUAUCCGGGUUUACUCCUUAGAGGACUUUAAAGAGGUGUCCUUCUCACCCCUGCGGGGACACGCGUACACCGUGCACUGCUGCUGCUUCUCCUCCAAUCAAACCUUCCUGGCUUCAUGUUCGACGGACGGUAAAACCAUUCUCUGGAAUAUGUGCAAUGGGCAGAUUUUGGCAUCUUUGGAGCAGCCGAGUGGAAGCCCGGUCAGGGUCUGCAGGUUUUCACCGAGCUCCAUGUAUUUAGCUUCAGGAGCCGCGGACGGCUCCGUGGUGUUAUGGAAUGUCCCAUUGCUGAAAUUCUACAGGUCCAGCCUGGUGAAGGACGGCUCUCUUGUGGCCUGUGCCUUCUCCCCUGGUGGAAAUCUAUUUAUCACGGGUUCCUCCAGUGGGGACCUGACAGCCUGGGACGAGAACAUGCGAUGUUUGUACAAUGACAAGGCUCACGAUCUGGGAGUGACGUGCUGCGACUUCUCUUCACAGAAGAUAACAGACUCGAGCGGCACAGAGGGCUUUCAGAUGGCGUCUUGUGGUCAAGAUAAUGAAAUCCGAAUCUGGCUGAUCUCCUAUGGGCCUGAGAAAGGUUUCGACAUGGGAUGCAAGUUAACCCUGAGUGGACAUUCGGCUCCUGUCCUGUCCUGUGUGUUCUCCAGUGAUGGGGAAACCAUUGUCUCGGGGUCUGUGGACAAGUCUGUUAUUAUAUUUGGAGCGAAGAGCGGCUGCAUUCUGAAUAUCCUAACACAUCACAAUCGGUAUGUGACGGCAUGCGCACUAGCCCCGAACCAACCUCUGCUGGCCACAGGCUCCAUGGACAAGACGGUAGCCAUCUGGAAACUGAGACAAACAAGUGAUUCACCAGAUGCCAGAAUGAAGAGGAAAACCGAGCGUCCUAUCGAAUCCUGGAGCGAGGACGACGUCAGGACGUGGCUUUCCAAUGAGAGCCUGACAGAGGUAGAAGAACAUUUCGGCGCCAACAACAUUGAUGGUAAAGAACUGCUCAGCCUCACCAAGGACGUCCUGCUUUAUGAUCUCAAGAUAGAAUCCUUAGGGUUGAGGAAUAAGAUUCUGAGGAAAAUCGAAGAACUGAAAAGCAAAAUGAAAGCCCCUUCUAACAUCCCGGAGGAAUUCCUGUGCCCCAUCACAUGUGAAAUUAUGAAGGACCCCGUCAUUGCAUCAGAUGGAUAUUCCUAUGAGAGAAAAGCGAUUGAAAGCUGGAUCAGUAUGAAAAGGACGAGUCCCAUGACCAAUCUUUCUUUAGAGAACCUUCUCCUCACACCAAACAGGACAUUAAAAAUGGCGCUGAAUCGAUGGCUAGACACCAGACCAGAGGGAACAAUCAGUCACAUUUCAUCCAGACAUUAACAUUAGAGAUGAGCGAACUUACAGUAAAUUCGAUUCGUCAUGAACUUCUCGGCUCGGCAGUUGAUGACUU